ACUGCCUCGGCAAUGGUGAGACAGGGUACCAGGCUAAAUUUUCCACUCAUUCGGCAAACCUAAUCAGCCGAGGAGUCCCUAAUGAUGCAGGUGUUAGGCCUACACAGUGCCCCCUAGACAUCGCCAGAUUUCGUUUCUGGAGAUAAACAAAGAAGACGCCAUAUUACACAAGGUAUUAGGUAUACGCGAUUGCGGUAUGGCGUUCUCCAUGGUCAAAUUAUACAGCUGGUACAACGAAACUUAUGCGGAAAUCGGAGACUGCCGUACAAUCUGACCACGUUUUAAAGUUUGUGAAUGACAAAGAUGCGCAGUUUAUAAGGGGAAUUGUGCAAGCCUCCAUGCGAGACCGGAGCUACAGGUUACUAUUACUCUUGGUUCUAACUACACAGUUGAACAGAGUACCUGUGAAUGUGUACAUGGGAUGGACAAAUGUCACCAUAAAGCCAGCAUUCUUCUCUAUGGCAAUGCAUUGGAUACUAUCCCCCGAGCCGCCUGUGCCCACACUUGCAGUGCCUCUAGUUGAAGACCUCAUCUCUAGCCAGGAAUUUAUUUCUGCAGAGAAUCCAAUCGCUUGGAUGAAGCAAAAAUUAAUGAUAAAUGAGCAAGAAAUCCAACAGAUUGCCUGUCUUACCACUGGUCAAAAGGAAAAUUGCAUGUGGUCAUCUGUUAGGAAGAAUAGAUCAACAGCUUCAAACUUUGGUUGUGUUUUGGCAGCGAUCAAGAGAAAUAGAUAUCCUGUCUCCUUAUACAAAAGAUUAUGCUCAGCUUAUGAUCUGUCAAAGAAGGAUGCCAUUAUUUGGGGGACGUGCAAUGAAAAAGUCGCAAUUGAAAAGUAUAGAACUUUUGGGGAUGCAGUUGUAGAGCCAACAGGUAUCUGGCUACACUGUAAUGGGGUUCUUGGGUCAAGCCCCGAUGGACUCAUUCGUUGUCCUGCUGCAUUCGGAUUCAGCUAUCAGAAUCCAGGACUCGCUGACAUAUUAGAGAUGUCAAACGUUAAGCCAGAAAUACUGGAGGUGAAAUGCCCCUUUUCAGCAAAGAAUAUGACAAUUCCAGAAGCUAUUGAAAAAAGGUUCAGGAUUUUAAUGGAGUCAAGUCCUUCAAGCUAUGAGAGAACCACCAAUACUAUGAUCAAGUGCAAGGACAGCUUCAUAUAAUUGGGAAAUCCUUGUGUGAUUUUAUGGUCUGGACACCAAAAGACUGUGCGAUUGUGAGAAUUAACAAAGACAUCAAUUGGGAGAUCAACAUAUCUGUUUUGACAGACUUUUAUUUCUGUAAAUUUCUCCCGUAUUUACAACAGCUAUAAGAUAUAACAUUAAACAUGGUGAAAACAUUUUAA